GAUUUUUCCCCAAUAUGCGGGGGCCCGGAUAUAAAUCUCUAUCCUGCAUAUGUUGCGGAGUAUACCUCGUGCUACAGUCCGGGGAGCUGCACGAAAUACAAAAUGCUUCAAGGACAAGCGUUGCGUCUGGCGCAGGUGCUUCUCAUCGUCGCACCUGCAUUCAUAUCCUACGGUUACAAUCAAGCAGGAGUUGGGCCGCUCGCCACUUUGCAAACAUGGUAUGCAUAUUUUGUGCACGAUCUACAUUUGAAUGAGAAGCUGACAUCCCUCUUGGGCGCAGUUAUCGCCUCCCUCCAGCUUGGGGCACUCCUGGGAGCGCUAUCAUGCACGUAUCUUGGGGACCGUCUUGGCCGGCGCAAGACCCUUUUCCUCGCUGCUGUCAUCGUCGUGAUUGGCGAGCUGUUGGAAACAUCAGCAUACAAGAUUGCUCAGCUUACCGUCGGGCGGGUUGUACUAGGCAUUGGUGUCGGACAACUUAGUGCCACUGUUCCUGUCUUCCAGGCGGAGUGCAGCUCGGCAAAGAACCGUGGGCAGCAUGUGGUUGUUGAUGGCAUUUGCAUGGUCCUGGGCUUUGUUCUGUGCAACUGGAUCGAUUUCGGACUGAGCAAGACAAGUGGUCAAAUGCAGUUCCGUGUCCCUCUUGCUCUUUCCUUCCUCUUCCCACUGAUUAUACUCGCCUCUGUGUUCUUUCUCCCGGAGUCCCCGCGGUGGCUGGUCUUGGUAGGCCGCCCAGGCGACGCCGCACGCAGUCUAGCAGCCUACAGGGGGCUCCCGGUAGAGGAUGAAGCCAUCCAAGCAGAAAUUGCCAGCAUCGAGUCUGCAUUAGAGCUAACUGAGCAAUCUGGUCGUAUCACACUGCGCGAAGUAUUCUCUCGAACCAAUGAAGACCGGCUUUUCUAUCGUUUCACUCUAUGCAUGGCCAUCCAAUUCUUUCAACAAAUGUGCGGCGGUAACCUAAUCUCAACAUAUAUUUCUACAAUCUUCGAGCAGAAUCUCAAACUCGGCAGUGACCUGUCUCGGAUCCUAGCUUCCAGCGCACUGACAUGGAAAUUUCUAUGCAAUUUUAUCCCAUUCUUCGCAAUCGACCGCCUCGGUCGUCGGAAGGUCUUUAUAUUCAGCGGCACAGGAAUGUGCAUCUGCAUGGCCGUAUUGGCAGUCACAACCAGCUUCGAUACCAGCAACAAGACCGCGUCGGUUCUUUCUGUGGCUUUUAUCUGGCUGUUCAACCUAUUCUACCCAAUCGGGUUUUCGGGUGCAAACUUCGUCUAUUGCACAGAGGUCGCCCCUAUCCAAUUACGCGUGGCCAUGGCGUCCAUAUCUACGGCGAACAAGUGGCUAUGGAACUUUAUCGUGGUGAUGAUCACCCCUGUUGCGCUGGACACUAUCGGUUAUCAGUACUAUAUCGUGUACGCGGCUAUUUCAGCUUGCAUCCCCGUGUCGGUGUAUCUCUUCUAUCCCGAAACGAUGGGCCGCAAUCUCGAGUCCUUGAAUCAGGUCUUUCGUGAUGCCCCGUCUGUGUGGCAUGUUGUGGCUAUGGCGAAGGAUCUUCCCAAGGGAGAUGUGUCUACCUUGGAUAUAGAGCGAGUAGAGAAGAAGCUGGAUGCGGAGCAAAGGGAUACCAAGUUUGAAAUCCCCGCCCCAAAACACAUACGCGACUGGGUCGAUCGUGAUGGGCGAUACUUUACCCUGACCGAACGUAUACAAGGCCAAACACUCGAGCAGGUCGUCCAAGUUCGCAAACAACUUCGGUCUAAUUUCACCUCUACUGCUAUGCAAAGUGUCGACCAUGGCCCUUGUUAUCCGGGCUUACUAUUUCUCGAUAUGGAGCCAUAUGGGCCAUUUCACUCUGACCUGGACCUCUGGGAUGCCCUUGCCAUGACUUAUAACAAUCUCCCUAAAGAUGUCUUCGAGAACUUGAAAAAGCGCUUUCCAAAAAGUGAGCCGUUUAUGCUCACCCAUUAUGACCUUAGCUUAGGCGAUAUCAUGGUUCGGAAUGGGCAGGUUGUUGGUAUACUUGACUGGGAGUAUGCUGCUUACCUUCCUGUCUGGUACGAGUAUAUCUCGGCGUCUUUUGCAUUCACAGAAAUGGAUGUAGAAUGGAAGAAGGUGCUUCAGGAGCGUCUCGGUGUGCAUGGUGACGCAUAUGAUGAUGCAAGGGCUCUUUGGAAGGACCUGAUUAAUCUGAAACAAUAUUCUAAUGUGAAUGAGAAAGGUAAAGAAGCCCUUGAGAGGCUAGCAUCAGCUUAG